CCUCACAGCCAUUCCCUGGCGUCUGUCUCAGCCUGAGGCGCCGCCCCUCGCCCUCUCCAGUCCGGAUGGAAACAUGUCCACAGGGGCCGGGUCCCCGGCUCGGGGCGACUCCCCCAGACCGGCCCGGGGCUUCUUGGCCUGCGCCUGCUUCCACACGGACAACCUGUUCCUGCGGCGCUACGGUCUGCACGUCAGCUACCGGGACGAGCCGCAGCUCCGCAGGGACUAUGGGCUGGUGCUAGGUGAUCAUGGCUGCAGGAGUGAUGAAGACUUUAAUGCAGUUCUGGAAGAGAUUCAGAAAGAAGUGCAAAGAAGAAAGCAAUUAGAUCAUCAGUCCAUGGCAAGAAAAGCCAUCAUUUCACAAUGUUACAAACCAAAGCAUCCAGAAAUAUACGUUCUACAGGAUUCAUUUCUGGCUCCGGAGUUUUUAGAGACAGUUAAGUACUGCACGUCACAAGAUGCUGAUCUCCAAGGCCUCGUGCGCCGCAUUGAUUCUAUAUCAGAUAAGAGGAUAUAUCGACUUCCAGUGUUUAGUGAGGAAUUCUGCCGAGUCUUCAUUGAAGAGCUGGAGAACUUUGAGCAAUCUGAGAUGCCCAAAGGCCGGCCAAACACUAUGAAUAACUAUGGGGUUCUGUUAAAUGAGCUUGGAUUGUAUGAAGCUUUCAUUACACCUCUGCGUGAAAAAUAUCUGCAGCCCAUAACAUCCCUGCUUUACCCUGACUGUGGGGGAGGCUCCCUGGACAGCCACAAAGCAUUUAUCGUCAAGUACUCGCUACAUGAAGAUCUGGAUUUGAGCUCUCACUAUGACAAUGCAGAAGUCACAUUAAAUGUAUCCCUAGGAAAAGAAUUUACUGAGGGCAACUUGUAUUUUGGAGACCUCAGACAGGCCCUAACCCCAGUGCCAAAGUACGUGGAGAUUGAACAUGUGGUAUCCCAAGGCUUGCUACACCAAGGAGGGCAGAUUCAUGGGGCACUGCCUGUCGCCUCCGGGGAGCGCUGGAACCUCAUUGUAUGGAUGAGAUCAUCUGCUGUCCGUAAUCAGCUUUGUCCCAUGUGCAACAAGAAACCUGAAUUAGUGGAUGCUGAAGGGUUUGGAGAUGGGUUCACAAGAAGUCCUGAAGGUGACAUGCCCAAGACUGUGGAUUUAUGCUCUUUAAUAUAGGAGAUGGUAAGGAGUGAAUUCUCCAGUCUGAGCUGGCUAAAACUGAGCUCCAAGCCCCAAGAUAGCAGAAACAAGCACAGUGUCCCUUUUGUCAGGUCAACAAAUAGCUUCUUAGAAGGCAACUCAAAAACUUCUCUUGGGGGAGGGAAAACAGCUUUUUGAGCAGCAGCCCCCAUCUGGGGUCUACUGGAGGAGUUGGUGUCUGGGUAGACAAUGCCUGCACUGUGGGAAUUUUUUAUAAGCAUAUUCUGAAAAUGUAAAAAGGCUUAAGGUAUUGAUCUAUACGGUGAACUGCAGAGGUACAAUCACACGUAUAGAAAACAGGCAGAAAGACUGCUUAGAUCUUAUACAAAGACAGCUGCUCUGACAGCCAUUGUUACUGGUUGAUGUGUAAAAAAAAAAAAAAAAAGAAUUAUAA